UUUGUUACUGUAUCGAAAUAUUGAGAUGGCGGAAGUCCUACUGGCGGAACUUCGUAAUAUUGGCACACAAUGCCUAUUUGAAUAAGCACCGGAACUCUUUUUCGUACUCCGGAACAGAUCGAAAGAGGAUUGUCACUAUUAUUUCUUUAGAGUCUCUGUUGUUUCUUUAGUCUAGUGCAUUUCAGGGAGCAGAGCAGAAGGCUAGGUGAGCGUCGGAGAGGUAGUGGGCGCAAACGUCAAAGGAGCUCACUUUCCCUGGAAAUAGCUAUAUAAAACAGACAGAUAUCUAUACACACACAUGGUGCAAAAAGCACCGCAGAAAACAUGGGGUUCCACCUCCUAGCACAUCUCCCGAAAGGCCUGUGAGUGUCUGCAAGUCACCCACCCGUCUCUUCGGAGGAUUCCUGUCCCCCCGCCAGCCGAACCGCACCAGCCAGGCAAUGACAGCGGCCUCGGCAACCCCGCAGCAGAUGAGAGACCGGCUGCUGCAGGCCAUCGAUGGCCAAAGCAAUCAGAUCCACAACAUGGUGGCUGUAAUGGAAGUAAUAUCCCAUCUGGAGAAAUAUCCUAUCACCAAAGAAGCACUUGAGGAAACCAGGCUGGGGAAGUUGAUAAACGAUGUGAGGAAGAAGACGAAGGAUGAAGAUCUUGCCAAGCGUGCCAAGAAGCUGCUGCGGAACUGGCAGAAGCUGAUCGAGCCUGGCCAGACGGAGGUGCAGCCGAAGGCCAGCGCAGGUACCCCCGGGUCCGCCAACGGCGGCGCCCACCCCUGCCGGACAGACCCUUCCCCUCCGGCUGUGGUUCCCUCGGGUAGGCCGGUCUCCGAGCUCAAGAGCAAGAAUGACAUCCACAACUCCCACGCAGGCAAGACUGAGAAGUCCGGCGGCCGCAAGCGCAAGGGAGGGCAAAGGGACGGCCUGCACACGAAAAAAUUAGCACACGAGCCCGCGCACAACUCCAGCCCGCCAUCGACCAACGGCGUGGGGGGCAGUCCCGAGUCCCUCCCCAGCCCCCUGGAUACCAGUCUGCACCCACCCUCAGACAGGGGCCGCUCGGAACACCUAGACAACGACAAGCACGGCAAAAUCCCCGUCAACGCGGUCAAGCCUCACCCGAGUUCCCCGGGACUAGUAAAACUACCUAGCACUUCCUCCUUGCUAAAAACGGCAGUGUUGCAGCAGCAGGCGAAGACGGACGAAGGGGCGGGGGGGGGAGUGCAGCCCCCGCCCCGCAGCCCCCGCUGCUCCUCUUAUAGUCCAAAAAACGCAAAGCAAGAAACGCUGGCCAAGAGGCCGACCACUUAUGCACCUAAAGGGACUCUGUCGAGCCCGUCUCCGAGCUCCAGGCUACUGGACGGCUCUACUCCAGUGCCCUCUCCCUUGCCUUCACCCCAGCCUUUAAUCGCCCCUGCCCAAGCGUCUCGCACGGAGGGACCUCCGCCCCUCGAGCCCAAGUCCUCUCUGUCCUGGCGCGGACUGGACGAAGAUGCCGUGCACCUUCAGCAUAGCACCGGGCUGCCAGAGCUUCCACGGGACUCCCUGCACUCCCCAAAAUCCACCUCGCACACCUCGUGCACACCGCCUCUUGGGCAGGCCUUCUCAUCUGAGGUGGCCAGAGUAGAGGCCGACGGUGUGAAUUCCUGUUUUGAGGGGAAGAGGAGGAAGAGAUACAGGCCCAGAGACUACACGGUAAACUUGGUCGGGCAGCCCACAGAGGAGAGCACAAAACCAGUGCGGUUGAAAGACCGCAGGCUGACUUUCGACCCUGUGACAGGGCAAAUCAAACCACUCACACACAAAGAAUCUUGCCAGGGGGAGGAGCCACUUGGGCCUCCCCCUCCCAAAAUUCAACGGACAGACCUGCUUCCACAGAAUCCCAGUGCGCCCCUCCCCAGCCCUUUCCAGCAGACGAACUGGAAAGAUCUAUAUAGGAACGAAAUCAUCCAGUCCUACCUUAACAUUCAAAGCAAUGUGCUCACAUCCUCAGGUGCUCAAACCCCUGGGGCACACUUUUUCAUGACAGAGUAUUUGAAACGCGAAGAACAUUGUGUCAAAGAGUCCAGGAAGACGCACGUUUUAGUUGCAGACAGCUCGGAUACGGACAUGCCGGGGGUGAGUCGGGAGGUAACACCCGAGGACCUCAACAGAAUACACAAAGAGCACUGGCCAGGGGUGAAUGGUUGUUAUGACACCAAGGGCAACUGGUACGAUUGGACGCAGUGCAUUUCCUUGGACCCGCAUGGGGAUGAGAGCAAGUUGAACAUCCUGCCAUACGUCUGCCUAGACUGAACCUUAGCUUUUUUUUAUUCUUCUGAAAGGAGGAACAUGUUUUAAGUGUGUACACUGUGAGCAGUGGGAAGGCUGGUUUGCUGACCCCUGUCGCCUCCCUCCUGAGAGAGAAUAAGUGAAGGAAGGGGGAAUGGGGAAAAUGGCAGUUGUGUCUGCCAUAAGGUGUCGAGCAACCUUUUUUUGGCAGGUACAAGAAGCUUUAUGUGGCAUAAAAAUUAAUAAAGUUUCCUUAUGUAUGGAUAUAUUUAUUUGAUAUUUCUUUUCCUUUAUUUUGGAAGUUUAUAAAACAAGAUGUGCAAAAACUGUAGAGCUGUUCUGUUUAUCACAUCCUUUGUUUGACCUGUUCUGCAAUGCAAAAAAAAGGCAUACCUAGGUGUUUCACAUGUUCUUUCCCACAGUAAACUGGUUGGUUAACGUAGUAACUACCAACAUUCCAUACACUUCUCUGCCCUUGUCUAAUAUCAUCCACCAGUUUUUCUUAACAUGCAGGGAAUCUGCAAAGAAGACAUUUUUUUAAAUAAAAUUUAUUUAUUGUUGGAUGUUAUUAGUUUUUUUCUUGGAUUUGUUGAUCUUCAGUUAAUACAACUUUUCGGAAAUAUUAAUAUAAGUGAAAAUAAGUGAACAUCGUAAAAAUGGAAAAACACGAUGCUACUACAUUGCAACUUGUACUGUGAGGAAAAGAAAAAUGCUGUAUGCUGGAACUCAUUACCAUUCCUUUAGAUAUUGUUUGCCUUCUGGAACUAUCACAUAACUUUUUUCUGUUUUUGGUUAAAAAAUAAAAAUAAAAACAAAGAGCCUUAGUGAAUGUACAGAAAUUAGAUUUCUGUGUUCAGUUGGAUACAGAAGGGAGCAACUUUACUAUUUGGUCCUUUUAAAUGGACAUAUUGAUAUAAAUGUGUAAAUAAAAAUUGCACAAAAUCUGA